AUGGGUCACGCCGGCAUCCCCACGGCUCCCCCUCCAGCCUUCGGGGGUGGGAUCCCGGCCCGGGUGCGCGAUCCGCCGCCCUCGCAGCCCCCAUCGCCACGCCUCGACACAGCUCACGGCUUGGCCGCGGCCGCCGCGCGCUACUUGGGCCAUCUCACGCGGGUCGUCCUCUCGAGCCCCCGCGCUGCGGCUGGACGGACCGCAUCCCCGCCUUGUUGCGCCGCCCCUGAGGCUGGUACUGCCACCGGGAAGCGCAAACUCCCGGUCGCCCUGCUCUUCGUGCUUGGUAGCCUCCUGCUCUUCGGUGCCACGUUCACCCUCACCAGCAACGUCGUGUCGCUGGUGUCCGCCUCCAAGGAGGCCCCCCCGGCGAGCGCCACGGCCAGCGUCGCCGUCGCCGGCGGCGCCCCUCGUCUGGCCGGCCGCUCGAAGCACAUCCGCCGCGGGCGCAAGCACGCCCAUGGCACUCCGGCUGAUGUGCCGGACGCGCGCGUCGAUGCCGACAUCCCGCGCCCCUCGAACCCCAACACCUGCCGCGUGCCCAAGGACCCGGUUGCCGAGCGCCGGCCGCUGCACCGGGAGAACCGCCGCCGCGUGCUCGCCGCUCUCCGCGAGGCGAUCAACGCCGGGCGCCCCGGGGUCCGCCCGGGUGACGUGCUCAUCCUGGCCGGCUCGUCGCACCAGUACCGGUCCAACACGCAGACGGCCGUGGCCUACCGGCAGGAUGCCAGCUUCCUGCACGCCACCGGCGUGCACGACGUCGCCGACGCGGUGCUCGUGGUGGCCGUCCCCUCCGGCCAUGCGGAGCUCUUCUUCCCGGACCUGACCCGGCAGAACCUCAUCUUCGAGGGCGGCUACGGAGACCUGGAGGACCGGGCCCGGGCGGCCGAGGUGGACGCCAUCCAGGCGCGCUCCGACCUGCUGGACAUUCUGGAAGACCCGGAAGGCCCGUUCAAGGCCCGGCGCGUGUAUGUCAUGGACUCGGCCGAGGCCCUGCUGACCGCGGUGCCGGAGCUCCGGUCCGCCAAUGUGACCAUCAUCGAUGGCGAGGAUUCCUGGCGCCAGCAUGAGGACGAGCAUGGCGGCAACCCGGCGGCCACCCGGUCGUCCGAGUGGAUCGAUGCCCGGUCCGAGCUGGCCCGGUAUCCGGACCUGCUGCCGGUGCAGGUGGCCGACCCGGAGGAUCUGCUCGACCUGCCCACCUUCGAGCCAGUCGACCGUCUGAAUGGCACCCACACCCCGCAUCUGGGGAACAUCGUGCGCAGCGUGCGCCUGGUCAAGUCCCCGACCGAGAUUGAGCGCAUCGCCUACGCGGCGGCCGUCAGCUGCGAGGCGCACAACCAGGCCAUGCAGAAUGUCGCCACCAAGCGCAUGCACGAGUACCAUGUGGAGAGCGUCGUCAGCAAGGCCCUCGGUGUGUGCGGCCUGCGGCAUCACGCCUAUGAGCCAAUUGUCGGUGCUGGUGACAACGGCGCCAUCCUGCACUAUGUGGCCAACUCCGACUCCCUGGAGGAGGGGGAUCUCCUGGUGCUGGAUGCGGCGGGCGAGCACCGCGGCUACGCCGCCGACCUGACCCGGACCUUCCCGGUGUCCGGCAAGUUCACUCCCAUUCAGCGCGAGGUGUAUGACAUCGUGCUGGAGGCCCAGCUUGAGGCCGUCGCCGCCUCGCGCCCGGGGAUCACCUUUGCUGCCCUUGGCCGGAUGACUCGCCAGACCCUCACGCGCCUCCUGCUGGAGGCGGGCUACCUGCAGAAUGGCACCGUCGAGGAGCUCAUGCAGCUGGACAUCAUCAGCACCUUCCUCCCUCACGGCCUCGGCCACUCAAUCGGCCUGGAUGUGCACGACCCGCAGCCGCGCGACUGGACCCUGGCCCCUGGCCACGUGCUGACCAUCGAGCCUGGCCUGUACUUCAUCGACUUCCUGCUGGAGGAGGCCCGCACCCACCCGAGCCGCAGCAAGUACUACAACUUCGACAAGAUCGACCAGAUCCGCGGGGGCAUCCGCAUCGAGGAUGUCGUCGUGGUGCAGCCGCUUCUGUCUUCCGGGGCUACCCAGCCCCCGGUUGUGCUCACCUCCACCUCUCCGAAGUUCGCCGACGACAUCGAGAAGCUGAUGGCCGAGUAAGCCGACCCGCAGCGGCAUCCGCACCUGGCGCGCCAAUGCCGCCGGCCGCUUGGUACAGCAGCAGCAGCAACAGCAGCA